AUGCAUCUAUUCUACCCACUGUUUGCCGCACUGGCCAGCCAGUCCUGGCUGGUUAGUGCGUUGCCUGGGGAAUUGGAUGAUUACUUUCGUUUACACCCUAUCUCAACUUUGUCGCGGCCCGCAACCGCCCAUAGCAGUCCAACUGCUACUAUCCAUGGCGUGCUUCAAUCCAACCCUGCACUUGUCCGGGCAGCUCUAAGCCGCUGUCCACUGAGCUGCAGUGAAAGUGGAUCCAACCCCAGCAACUGGACUGUUUAUCACAGCGUUGACCGUUUAUCGUGGUGCAAUGAAACUAUGAUGCUUGACUUUGUACUGUUCAACUCACUUUCCAGUGGGAGCAGUCACAAGAGCAUCCGGGCCUGUACUGUCAAUUCUGAUGAUACAGCGCUUUCUGCCCGCAGUGUCUCAUGCGAGGCCUAUGCUGGUACCACCAAGAGCGUCACCGCAAACUUACAAGUGGCCCAGACGAAGUCAAGUCGUUCAUCAAGUGAGGUGUCAGAUAUUGUUGCUGUCACUCAAGACCUCGAGAAAUACGUCAAGCAACAGGCCUCCUGUAAUAAGAUCACUGCCUUUGCCACAUCUGGUAAGGCCGCAGUUGGUAUCUACAUUGGCUCUGAGAUACAAAGACAGGGCCUGGUAGAUACUGCUGCGAAGGAAUUUGUCUCUGCAUUGAAGGAAAGCAACUCGCCCGAUACAUUCCUCCUGCAGCUCUGCGAUGAAAGUCGUAGUAGUCGUUAUGGAUUUGGAAUAAUUGCUGAUGCUACUGGUGACAUUGCUGCGGUUCAACAUGCGGUUCAAUCAUGGACCAAUGGCGAUUGUGUGACUUCUUUUGGAGACUCUUCAGACCGGAAGAAUAUCAUCUUCUCUAUGCAAGUCCCGCACCAAGUUGCCACCCCCACAAUUCAACCCUCUGCAAGUCAUGCUGCUCGCGCUUUGCACCCUCGAUCGACUUGUUCCACCACUCAGGUUCAACUCGGCCAGCUAUGUGGUGAUCUAGCAACGACUUGUGGCAUCACCCUCUCUCAGUUCUAUGAGUAUAACUCAGGCUCCACCACAUGGUGCAACAACUUGGUACCAGGCCAGCAUGUCUGUUGUACCUCAGGCACACUGCCUGACUAUACACCUUCAAAGUACUCCAACGGCACCUGUUACACCUAUACCGUUCAGCCCGACGAUACCUGCAAGGGUCUGUCGGCAGCCUAUGACAUAGAUGCUGACGAUAUUGAAAAAUGGAACAAAGAGACGUGGGGCUGGUUCGGUUGCAAUGAUCUUCAAAUUGGGGGCUAUAUCUGCCUCAGCGAUGGUUCCUCUCCCAUGCCCGCUCCGGUCGCCAAUGCUGUCUGUGGCCCUCAGGUCGCUGGCACAAUAACCCCGCCCUCUGGCACAAAUUUGUCCACACUGAACGAAUGCCCACUAAAUGCCUGUUGUGACGUUUGGGGACAAUGUGGCACAACGGACGAGUUUUGUACCAUCACUGAAUCCAGUACUGGGGCCCCUGGCACUGCGAAGAAUAACACAAACGGCUGCAUCUCGAACUGUGGAACUUCAAUUGUCAAAUCCGAUGCCCCUUCAGAAUUCAGGAAAGUCGCAUAUUUUGAAGGCUACGAUAAGACACGCCCCUGCCUGAGCGCGUCCGUGGAGAGCAUCGCUGCCAAAGACUAUACCCAUGUUCAUCUCGGAUUUGCUACUAUCACCUCCGAUUUCAAAGUCAAUGUGUCCGAUAUCACAGGACAGUUCAAUACUUUUGUCAAUCUUGGCACCAACUGGAAGAAGAUUCUGUCAUUUGGUGGCUGGGACUUCUCUACAAACCCGGACACAUACGAUAGAUUCCGCCAGGCAGUGACUGUGGAUAACCGUGCUACUUUUGCCUCCAACAUUGUCGCUUUUGUGGAGAAGUAUAACCUUGAUGGUGUUGACUUUGAUUGGGAAUACCCCAGUGAGCCGGAUAUCAAGUUCAUUCCAGCUGGCAGUUUGGAAGAUGGUAUCAACUAUUUCAUGUUCUUGGAUGAGUUGCGGGUUCAGUUCCUGGAAUCCUCUAAGCCUGGAACGUCCAUCUCAAUUGCUGCCCCUGCCUCGUUCUGGUACCUGCAAGGUUUCCCAAUUCAAGCUAUUGGCCAAAUCGUCGACUACAUCAUUUUCAUGACCUACGAUCUCCAUGGACAAUGGGACUACGACAACAAAAACGCUCAGAUUGGCUGCCCUGCCGGAAAUUGUCUGCGAUCCGCUGUGAAUCUCACAGAAACCAUCAACAGCUUGUCAAUGAUCACUAAGGCUGGUGUGGCUUCAAGCAAGAUCAUGGUUGGCGUCACUAGCUAUGGCCGAUCUUUCCAAAUGUCAACGCCAGGGUGCUAUGACCCAAUGUGCACCUACACUGGACCCGAAUCUGGGGCAUGGAAGGGUUCUUGUACCGAUACCGCUGGAUAUCUCGGCAAUGCGGAGAUUUACUACGCGCAGUCUACCAUGUCCGACUCAGACUACUUUUUUGAUGCGGAUAGUUACUCUGACACGCUGGUUUUCGGAGACACGCAGUGGGUAGCCUGGAUGAGUGAUGCCAAUAAGGCGGUCCGAACAGCACUGUAUGAGAGUCUCAACUUUGGUGGCACAACGGAUUGGGCUGUGGAUCUCGACGGAGACGAGAGUACGCUUAAAUCCCAGUGCAAAUCUCUCAGUGCAGCCACCGGAUCUUCCUUCCCAAGUUGUACCCCCGAGACUUCCACUACGGGUUGUAUUGCUGGCACUGGCAAUGAUGACUACAAAGAUUUGUGCGAGUUCAGUUGCCAGUACAACUUCUGCCCGGGUCCCAUGUGUACCUGCACCAAGAAGGGUACAAUUGUUUCUACAUUGAUGUCAUCCACUGGCAGCUACUGCCCAGUCUCCACCUUGGACACCAGUUACUCUGGCCUUUGUGCCUUCAGCUGCGAAUAUGGUUACUGUCCAGAAGACUAUUGCGAGAAGAUGACAAGCCCGACUUUCUACUCCUGCGAUACCAAACCCAUGGUAUUGGAAGGGCUUGGUACUAAUUUCUCAAGUGAUGCAAGCUGUGCGGAUGUUGGUGCCUCUGGGAUCAUCGACUCCUCGAUUUGGGAUAAAAUAGGAACCACUCUUGCAUUGUCCUCAUACCUGGAUAAUUAUGACGGCGACGAUUUUGUCAUGGAGAUGAUGAACCCAUUGGGCCAGGGACAAAGUAUAGCAGCUUGCUCUAGAAUCGAUUCCGAUACAUGUCGGGCACCGGACUGCACGACGACAGAAGAGGGUACAGGUUGGAAGUAUUGCACCGCUCUGUCAAUUUCUAAUCUCAACGGCGUUAUGCGAGCUCUUUACGCAGCAACCGGUGAUAUGCCCUCGAACUUCAGCAACAUCGCAGAGACCAUGUACAAAGACUUCACUUGGCCACCACCUCCGGACAUGGGCCUCUUUUGGUCAGAGUUCUUAACAGCAAUUAGUACAAUGCUUGUGGUUGUCACCACUCUUACAGGAAAUGUCGAGGUGACGGCAGCGGGUGCUUUGCUCGGGGGCAUGGUCACCGAAGGUCUGAACGCAAUCAAUGACGUUGAUUCGACCGCAGCCGACAAUUUGAGUCUGUAA